GGGCAGGCUGGGCAGCCCGGUGCAGCGGUGGCCGCAGCUCUUGGCAGGGAGGUGAUGGCAACGCCGCGCCCUCUGCAAAACCGAAGCCGUCCGACCACACCGGGAAAUUGAAGUUGCUGGGGAGAGCCCGGGCUUGUUUCCCCAGCUCUGUUGUUCCACAGCUUUCGUUACACUACAAAGAUAUGUGAAAACAAAACGAGCUGGUGCAGUAAAUGAAUAACUGGGAAUAGCCGCUCUGUGCGGGGUUACCUUUGUUGCAUUGGUGGCUGCUUUAUUUCCCUGUAAUUCCCGCCUUCCACGGAGUCGCCUAAAUUAGGUGUUGUUAAGAACCUGACCUGGAGAAGAGUUGGGGGGAUUUAUUAAAACUAAAGUGCUGUUGGCUGCUGGGUCCCUUGAGGGAGGGAGGCUUUGGAAUUACCUCCUUUGGCAAGGACAGAGCCUUCGGAGGUCGUGGGACCACACGCAGCUGUGCUUGGGAAGGCGUUAACCUUUCCUCUUAAAAAUCAGCCAGCUGUUGAGUAGCUCAGAGCAGCGACGCUUAGCUCAGAAAUAGCUUUAAUGUGAUGAUUAAUAAAAUAGUGCUUUGAAAAGAUGUGGAGGGCACAGAAAUUUGAUCUAUAGGAAUCUGGGUUUGUAAUUAAAUAUAGAAGCGUUGCAGAAAAGGAGAUGAGCCUUUGUAAUGUUUCUGCAAGGUUUGCUAAUGCUCUUCUGCUCUCUUGAAUGCUAAAUGGUAUGGAAAGAUUAAAACAGCCGUUCUUCUUUAAUUUAUAGACUGUAAAGUGCAGUAAAACCAUGAAUCUGCUACAAUGGAGGAUCCAGCAUUUCAGGAAUUUGACCAAGAGGAAUAGCUGACCUUCCACUUGGAUCAGCCUCGCCUCUGGUUGUGUUGGAGCCAUACAUUGGGCAGGUGGAGGCAACACGAAAGAUAUGAUGUUCAGCCUGAAUGGUCCCCAAAGUGAGGGUUAUGUCCAAGAGCUCUUCCAUGAGGAAGCACAGCAGGUAUCUCAAACGCAGACCAAGCCCUGGUGGAAGAUCCAGCUGUUUGUAUGGGAGCCGGUGCUUUUUGGAACAUGGGAUGGUGUCUUCACCUCCUGCAUGAUCAACAUUUUUGGAGUGGUUCUUUUUCUGAGGACAGGAUGGCUCGUGGGAAACACUGGCAUUGUAAUGGGCAUGUUUCUAGUGUCCUUUGUCAUCCUGGUUGCCCUGGUGACAGUCUUGUCUGGAAUUGGGGUGUGUGAAAAGUGCAGCAUUGGAAGUGGAGGAGUCUACUCCAUGAUUUCUACUGUCCUUGGAGGUCAAAUAGCAGGGACCAUUGGCAUCCUUUACAUUUUUGGCCAGUGUGUUGCAGGUGCCAUGUACAUCACUGGCUUUGCAGAGUCCAUUGCAGAUGUCCUGAGCCUCAGCAACAUCUGGGCAGUGCGUGGGAUCUCCCUGGCUGUCCUGUUUGGCCUGCAGGGGAUCAACCUGGCUGGGGUGAAGUGGAUCAUCAGGCUCCAGCUCCUGCUGCUCUUCCUGCUGGCUGUCUCAACACUGGACUUUGUCAUUGGGUCCUUUACACAUCUUGAUCCAGAGAACGGCUUCGUCGGCUACUCUGCAGAGCUGAUGUCCAACAACACACUGCCAGACUACAGCCAGGGGGAGUCCUUCUUCACUGUUUUUGGAGUGUUUUUCCCAGCUGCCACAGGUGUGAUGGUUGGGUUCGACAUGAGUAGAGAUCUCCAGAAGCCUGCCACCAACAUCCCUCUGGGAUCUUUGGCUGCUAUUGGCACCUCGUGGUUUCUGUACAUGGUCUUUGUUUUUUUGCUGGGAGCCAUUUGUACCCGUCAGUCACUGCGCUAUGACUUCAUGAUAGCAGAGAAGGUAUCCUUGGUGGGUUUUUUGUUUUUGCUAGGGUUGUACAUCUCAUCCCUGGCCUCCUGCAUGGGAGGGCUGUAUGGAGGACCCAGGAUCCUGCAAUGCAUUGCCCAGGAGAAUGUGAUCCCUAUGCUCGCCUUCCUUGGACGUGGGAAAGGCCCCAACAAGACUCCAGUGGCUGCGAUUUGCUUAACAAGUUUCAUCACUAUGGCUUUUGUCUUCAUUGGGCAAGUGAACGUUCUUGCUCCCAUAGUCACCAUCAACUACAUGUUGACAUAUACUGCUGUAGACUAUUGCUAUUUCUCUGUCUCCUUGAGCCACAACAUUCAGCAGAAACCUGACGAGACCCAGAUGGGAACUGCUAGACCUGCUCACUCUUCCCAGCCUUUAAUUUUCAACAAGCCCUCAAGCCACACAGCAGAUGGAGUAACUCAAAGCAGAUCAAAUGGCACCUUGCUGGAAUUCAAAAAAGACAUGGACCAGAUUUUUAAACCAUUUUGUAGUGAGCCAGGUACCUGCAAAAAAGAAGGAGCUGAGAAUUUAACCCAAAAGGCCAAACAAAAGAAGGCAAAGAAGCCAGCAAAGCAGACAUUACAAGACAGCUUUCUCCUGGAUCUCCAUCAUGAUGCUGCCCCAGCUCAGUAUGGCUGGGAUAAGACCACAGAACCCCACAGCGAGAGCCAGCGGGACCUGGAUGAGCAGCGCUGUCAGAGUGAUGCAGAAAUGUCUAUAAAGCAACAAAACCCAGAGCUGGGAAUUCAACAAAUACCAGAGUCCUUCUACUCCAGAUUUUUCAGUCACUGGGUUUCCUUUGCUGUUGCAGUUGUGUCCCUCAUCAUAAUGUUUGUCAUUCAGUGGAUCUACACUCUGGUCAGCCUGGGUGCAGCAGUUAUUCUGUAUUUCUACAUUGGCCGAGUGAGCCCAGGACUCCCCCUUGGAGCAGCAGCAAAUUUCAGUUUCUUUGGCUGGAUUAAGUCGGUUUUGAUCACUUUGUGCAGGAGAAGGCCAUCUCCCAAGGAGCAGAUUGUGGUGACACCAUCCUUUGCAACAGUUGGCAUGGAGACCAGGCAGCUCACCGAGGAGAACGCUGACUUCGCCUCGCGGGACCGCUAUCACCAGUCCUCGCUUGUCAGCAGAGAGGAGUUUGGGAACCAAUUCCAGUGAAGGACACACACACACACACAAAAAAAAAAAUCAAUCCAUUACUUCAAAAAGCAUUUAGAAGUGCUAAUGGGUGCCACAGUGCCUUGUGAAAUACUUGAAUUAAUGCAUAAAGAAUGUGAAUAGUUAUUUA